GGUGAACAAUUCUACUUGCAAUAGAAAAGUUAGCUGUUAAGCUGUUAGAUUUUGGAUGUGUCUGUCUUGGUGGUUUCCUCCAACAACAAGGGGGAACCAGUCAUUCGUUGUUGUUGCUAGUCCGACACAGUGCGAGCGGUGUCCACAUUAUCCCGCUAAACUAAGUGAUCUUGCAUGCCCCGUUUUCGAUUCACUUUCGCGGUAGCUCCUACUCUAAAUGUCGGAUACAUGGAGCAACAUCCAGGCACACAAGAAGCAGCUGGACUCGCUGCGAGAGAGACUGCAGAGGCGACGGAAAGACCCCACGCAACUCGCUGCAGAGGUGGGAGGCAGCAGUACUGAAGGGGCUGCAGCGCGGAGUGAGAGUCCAGGACCAGCCCUCCAGAGUCCCCCACAGGAGGAGGCUGAACGUCCCCCGGACCCUGAACUAGAGAAGAGACUCCUGGGUUAUCUUUCGGACCUGAGCCUCUCACUGCCCACUGACUCCUUGACCAUUACUGAUGAGCUCAGUACUUCUGAAGUGCCUGUCACCCAUGGCUGCAUCCAGAGUCUGCUGCUCAAGUUCUCUGCCCAGGAGCUCAUCGAAGUCCGGCAGCCAUCCGUGGCCACCUCCCCCUCCUCUUCUUCCUCAACACUCGUCAUCUCCGUGGACCACACAAAACUCUGGGCCAUGAUUGGGGGCGGGGCCUUAGGCCAGAGGAAGAGGAAAGCAGAGGACCAAGCCCACCAUAAACGUCCGCCAGGUUCCUCCCCUGCUCUCCAGAGCCCGCCCUCCCCUCCGCCCACUUCCUCCAUCUCCCUGGCACCUGCUUCCUCCUCCCAGCUGACCGGGCCCUCUGAUUGGAAGGCUGGAGGAGGAAGGGGCGGGGCAGAUAAACAGGGCAGGACCAGUAAGGGGCAGACGUCUCACCUGGACAUGGAGAUAGAGAGCCUCCUGAACCAGCAGUCCACCAAGGAGCAGCAGAGCAAGAAGAUGAGCAGAGAAAUCCUGGAGCUUCUGAACACCAGCACAGCUAAAGAGCAGUCCAUCGUUGAGAAGUUCCGCUCACGCGGUCGUGCUCAGGUCCAGGAGUUCUGUGACCAUGGGACCAAAGAGGAGUGUACGCGGUCUGGGUUCACACCCCAGCCCUGCACCAAGCUGCACUUCCGACGCAUCAUCAACAAGCACACAGACGAGAGUCUUGGAGACUGCUCCUUCCUCAACACCUGUUUCCACAUGGACACCUGUAAAUACGUGCACUAUGAGAUCGACGCCCCUCCAGAGGCAGAGGGGGGCCUGAUGGGGACCCAGGCUGGGGGCAUGGAGGUGGGACUACACCAGGGGGAGGAAGACAGCAACGUGGGGAAACUAUUCCCCUCUCAGUGGAUCUGUUGUGACAUCCGGGUCCUGGACGUGUCGAUUCUGGGGAAGUUCUCUGUUGUGAUGGCCGACCCUCCCUGGGACAUCCACAUGGAGCUGCCCUACGGGACUCUAACGGACGACGAGAUGAGGAAGCUCCACAUCCCCGUCCUCCAGGACGACGGCUUCCUCUUCCUCUGGGUGACUGGCAGGGCUAUGGAGUUGGGUAGAGAAUGUCUGAGUCUUUGGGGCUAUGAGCGUGUUGAUGAGAUCAUUUGGGUGAAGACCAACCAGUUACAGAGAAUCAUCCGUACCGGGAGGACUGGUCACUGGCUCAAUCAUGGGAAGGAGCACUGCUUGGUGGGCGUGAAGGGGCAGCCCCAGGGAUUCAACAGAGGGCUGGACUGUGAUGUCAUCGUGGCAGAGGUGCGUUCCACCAGCCACAAGCCAGAUGAGAUUUAUGGAAUGAUUGAGAGACUCUCACCUGGUACCAGGAAGAUUGAGCUCUUUGGCAGACCUCACAAUGUCCAACCCAACUGGGUAACUCUUGGUAAUCAGUUAGAUGGCAUUCACCUCUUGGACCCUGAUGUCGUGGCUCGCUUCAAGAAACGUUACCCAGACGGAGUCAUCUCCAAACCCAAGAACAUGUAGAGAGUGGUCCUAAACGCCUUCCAUGGGGUCAUCGUUGUCAAUUACUUGUCCUGUUAUAAACAUGUUAUGUCAUGUUAUGUCACGUUAUGAACUUAGACGCCGAGGGAAAAACACUGAUCAAUGAUCAGUAAGUGUCUGAUGGACUGCCUUCUGUUUUUUAUGUAUUUUUUUGUACCAAUUACAACAUUUUGUAAUAAAUAUGGUUGAAGGACUAUUUAUGAAUCUCUAUGAUGCGGAUCAGACAUACUGCACAAUGAAUCCACCAAAAACAUUUCAGUAUAUCCUUUUUUUGUAUUACUUUGUUAGUACAUUUUGUCCAUUUCCAUGACAACAGCACUACAGUAUACAAAGUGAGGACUGGCUAGUUUGGGAAUCUUGAUUGAUUGACAUUUACUUUGAUUAAAAGAAAAACAUUGACAUUGGAAAUGUAUCAAUAUUUUCUUCACAGUAAUUAGGAAUCACAUUUUUCUCAUCAUUCCAAACGUACCACCGUAGCCCCAGAUGUAUGCUACUACGUUCUCGUACAAUCAUUUUCACAAUUUGUACAAAAAUAUAUGAUGAGUAUUUAUUAUCCCUAAACUAGUAGGUGAAGCAGGGAAAAUAUUUCAAUGUUUAGAGAGGGUGGGUUGUAGAACCCAACUAAAGCACCAAAACACUGUUGAAAUGUCUUCCAGAACAAUCUGUUGACUUUCUCCUCCAUUCACUGAUGCUCCCCAUAAGAUGCCAUCAGAAGUAAAGAGCUGCACGUAAGCUGGAGGAGCUGCCGGUUAACAUGUCUAGAUAUGAAUAAAGUGUAGAUGCAUUCCAAGCAGCCAGUGGAAAAGGGAACUAGAAGAAGACAGCCAGCACCAAACUGAAUUUAAUUGAGGAAAUGUUCAAAAAGUAAGUAAAAAGGCACAAACUCAUUAGUAUCUUCAUCAGCCAAACCAAUCAAAAUCUAGUUACCAUGUUUUUCUCAGCAAGUUAGGAUAGUGUCAGGAUAAGAACAAAAAAGCCUGUAUUUAAAGUUGGGAGUGCCAAAUUGUCUUGUUGUAUUCAACAGCUAGUAUUUUAAAGACUUGAAUUUGCAGUUGUGGUCUUUUACCUGCCCCCCCC